CGCUGCGAGCAGGAUUCGAACCUGCGCGGGAAAACCCCAUUGGAUUUCAAGUCCAACGCCUUAACCACUCGGCCAUCGCAGCUCAUACAUUCUCCUUCGCAUAAAAUGAUUCUAAAAAGUCUAAGGUAACCGUGCUCAAUUAGCAACAUUUCUAAUUCCAUAGGGUCUGAAAAACGUCGCUUGAAGUUCAGUAUGAAAAGAGUAAUGAAGCCGUCCGGUAAACAUGGCAGACAUAUAUUGCUGCUUUUAGCAAGGUCUGAGGAAAUAGGAAAAACAAAGAUUAAGCUCGGGUGGUAUAUGAGUAAUUGUCAGGCCUAGUAGUAGUACGAAAAUAUGGAGACAAGUCUCAUUUCAGGGAAUUCGUCGCUUAAUAUAGGCUUCUAAUAUCAGGUUGGAAUAUCAAGAAACGUAGCUAUUUCAGUAAUAGAAAUAGUUUUAUGGGUAAAAAUUAGAAAUGCGGAUAAUUAAUAAGACGUCCAAAAAGAACGCACAUUUAUAAAAAUGGUUUAGAGGUUAAUUAUAAACAGAAAACUAUUGAAGACAAAAUGCUGGAAGCACGCUGGAAGAUAGUAGGAAUUAAACACACGGAAACUUCAUGGAUUCUACUUUGUGUCUCUUUUUAUGUUCCGUGAUAGUACUGUUCGAAGCAUUUCGCUCAUCUUUAAAAAUAGCUCGUUCAAUUGAAAACAAACCUAACUUAGGAACCGUAACUAUGCUGUUAAGUAUUGGCAAUAACAGCAGCCAAUCAAAGAGCGGAAACGCAAGUCUGAAGUCAUUUAGCAAAUGUAAAACGUAAAAUGUUGACUUAAGAUACCCUUUCUUUUUAUUUUGAGCUUGUCGAAUAAUCAAAUAAUAUUUUCAGUCUUCGGAAACACAACUCCACUCAAACUGAAUUACUAAAUUGAUUACCAAAGGGAGACUACUUUGAACUUAAACCAAAUUCUCUCAAGUAUUCUUAAAAGAAAUGUAUGGAGCUAAGUCUGGAGAAUUUGUAUGUGGAUCUUGGGGUUAAAGGGUUACAAAACUUCUCCGACUCCGACCCCCCACCUCACGGGGAGAGCAGCAUCUGAGCGAAACGAAGGAAAAACUUUUGUACGCAGACGUUAUGUGCUGUGCGCUAACUACAAUAUACGAUCUUCUGAAUUUGAUUCGUUUUACGUACAUCCAUUGCCAUGUUUCAUUUACUUUUUAUGUUUAAAAUAUAAGUGAGUAAAAAUGAUUACCGCUGCGAGCAGGAUUCGAACCUGCGCGGGGGAACCCCAUUGGAUUUCAAGUCCAACGCCUUAACCACUCGGCCAUCGCAGCACCUAUAAGUGAGUAAAAUGACUCUAAAUGAUUUAAGGUAACCUACCCUCACUUAGCAACGUUUCUAAUGUGCAUAGUGAGAAGAAAAUCUAUUUUGAAGUUAGGUACGAAACAAGAAAAUGCAAACAGGCAAACGCGUUUGUUGCUAUACUCUCAGAGAAAUAAAAAAGGAAGAUCAUAUUAAAAGUUGGAAAAUGCCAAAAGAAAUCUUUUAAUGUGAAUGGGGGAUGGGAAUUUAUAUAUAGUUUAUCAGGCCUAGAAGUAUAGCAGGAAAACGAAAAAAAAAUUAUUAGCUUCUUGAUCGACGAACGUCGAGUCACUGUAUGGCCAUGGGGACACACCCAUGUUGCGGUGGUCUUUGCUGUCUAUGAGCUCUCAUCAUCGUUAGGCUCGAUGACCUGCCGCUGUUAGGGAACUUUGAACCCACACACCUCCACGAAUCAGGUUGGAACCUCAAAACUGACAAAUGGCCUGAAAAUAAGAAAACAGAAUGAAAAAUAUAAAGGAAAUUCUUAUGGAAAAUAAGUAGUUACAUGAUAAUUAAACUUGCGCUGAACUCACGCAGGCAGUUUAAUAAUUGAGGCCUUCUUAAAUAUUCCAUGCUAUCAGCAAAAAGGAAAUUACGCUGCGAGCAGGAUUCGAACCUGCGCGGGGAUACCCCAUUGGAUUUCGAGUCCAACGCCUUAACCACUCGGCCAUCGCAGCGUCGGGUGAAGCUUUUCUGACUCUAAUCUUAACCGAUGCCUUCACUCAAGUGAAACCAGACUAGAAUUCGGCACUUGAUGUAUUAUCGGUCCACAAGCACGUUCGCUUUUAUCAUGAAAAUAGCCAAAAACGAUGAAAAUACGUAAUUGAUGGUUGAAAACCCUAAUUAAUAAUAAGCUAAUAAUAAGGUGCAGGCCAAGUUAAGGUGGCAGGGAAAUACGCGUGUAAUGGUUUCACCCAGCUAACCGGGUCGUAUAUGAGGGGAAAAUAACAAUGGACGUCGUUUACAGAUAAGGUGAUGAUGAUGAUGAACUUUAUUCAUGUGUCGAUGUAUUUAGCUGACGCUAAUUGGGGACACAACAUAAAGAUAAAAUAAAUAAUGAAUAAUAUGAUAAAUAAAAGAUAAGAAAUAAAAAAAGCUAUAGUGCUAGUAUAAUCCUAUAUAUAUUAUAUAUACCUUUACAGUAUGCUAGAAUAAUCAAAAAAAUUCUAGGAACACGGGCACAACUUAAGAGGUACAAAUUACGCACGCGGAUCAAUUGUUGCCAUUGUUUCUGAACUGUCUCGACCGUUGCAUUAUUGCCUCGCAAGUUUAAACCGGCCAUCACAAACACGAGAUGUUAAUGCUCAUCGAUUGGUCACAUAAUACAGAAUCACUUUGGUGGAAUAAAACUCAGUGGGACUUUGAAACUGGAAAGGAUAUUUUGAAUGAUGUAGUAUUUUUGAUUUUCUUGCCCCAAGGCCUUGUUUUCCUUUUGUCCCGUUUCUGAAGCCAGCAAAGUCCAAGCAAUGUUUCUUGUUACGUAAAAAAGUUCGAAAAAAAUAUAGCCGCUGCGAGCAGGAUUCGAACCUGCGCGGGGAGACCCCAUUGGAUUUCAAGUCCAACGCCUUAACCACUCGG